AUGGCACCCAUCAGCACUCAAAGCUUCUCAGAAGAAGCAGCGCCAGUUGUCAAGCAACCAAAGACUACCUCAGCCUCACGCGCAUCGGACAAGUUCGACAUCUUCCGACGCCUGGUACCUCUCGCUGCAGAUGAGAACAUCACCCAUCUCAACGCUGGUUUCAUGCCACCUUCAAAUCUCGUCGUCCACGAAGCCAUCGGUAACUUUUGCUCCGAGUGGCUACAUAAUCUUUCACCCAAACCGUUUUGGAAGUCGACUGUGGAAGAUGCCCGGGCUUUGCUUGGACGAUACAUUCACACCGAACCCAAGAACAUAUCCUUUACGAGGGACACUACCGAAGCCAUGGGCUAUUUCAUGCGCAGUCUUGGGCUGCAGCCUGGUGACAACGUGAUCAUUCUAGAUUGCGAACAUCCGAAUCAGGCUUACGGAUGGCUAUCACUUCGAUCUCAAGGCAUUGAAGUUCGACAAGUACCGACAGAUGCCAGACACGACGACUUCUCAACCAUCGCCAACGCAGCAACAUUUGAACCAUAUGUGGAUGAACGAACCCGCUGUAUUGGCAUCAGUUCCAUCAUGUUCCACAGCGGUCAGAGGAACGACGUGGCAGAUAUCUGCGCCGAGUAUCGACCCCGAGGCAUCCACGUCCUCGCUGAUCUAACCCAACAAGUUGGAUUUGCCAAUGUCGACGUGGAAGCUCUUGGUGUGACUGCAGCUGCGUUCAGCCUUCAUAAGGGACUCAAUUGCCCACUAGGGUUUGCGGCUCUCUACGUCUGUCAAGACUUUAUCGAGAACAAUGAUCCAGUACCGCCGAUUGUGGGUUAUGGGUCUCUAGAGUUCCCAUCUGAGGACUUCUUGAUCUCGGAUGACCCGAUCGCUUUUCACCCAUCAGCCCAAAGAUAUGAUCAUGCCAAUCUCAACCUACUAGGAGCGACAGCGGCAAAGGCAUCCCUACAAUUCUAUCUCGACAUUAUGCGACCAGACGACGUAGAGGAGCACUUAUACAGUCUUGGCGAUAGCCUAAGAGAUAAGUGCAACGCCAUCGGUGUUGAGCUUGCAGGUCCGUCAGAGCGUGAGCACCAUGCGCCGCAUUUAUACAUCCUCAAGUUGUACGGGGAUGAAUGGGCAAGGCAUUUCAAGGCUCAUGAUGUUGCCGUAACUUGCUUCAGGUGGGGUGUUCGGGUUUCGUUUGGGUUCUAUAGCAACUUGCACGAUGUGGAGAGGUUGGUGGAUGUUAUCCAGGCUGGGUUGGAGAUGGGUCUUGGGAAUGAGGCAGAGUCUGAUAGCUCAGAUUAG